UGUGUCUCUUGGUUUAUUCAUGUUCCUGUGCGCGGGCAGGGGCUCGGAUGCUAGCCGAUAGCCGAUAGCUAGCUUAGCUAUUUGCAUCAACAUGCAUGUGUCCUCUUCUCCAGCCGCUGUGAUGCCGUAGUUGUCCCGUAAAUGUGCUCGUGAGACGGCGGCGUUAUUCUCGGAGAUUCGGUGACUCGCUGGAGGAUUUGCUUCCAUUUCAUUGAGCCACAAAAUCCCAUUCUUCCACAAGAGAGCUCCGGAGGACCGUUUGCGGAUGUGAAGCGGGCAGCUAACGAUAUCUGGGGGGAGAAGCUAAGCGAGCGACCGCGGCGUUUUCCCCGGGACCCUGCGGAGGCUUCACCGGACACACAGCUAACACCCGAAGGCCUGAAGGAAGUGAAACCAUGGGGACUUUCUUACAUCUCUGAACCCAGGUCUGAUCCCCACACAGCUGUUCUCCUCCUGCCCAUCGCCGCUUCCUCUCGUCACGCCGUCCGUCCCAGGACCUUUUCCAGUUUUCCAGGUCCCAUUGUCUGAGAUGGAUUGGGCCACACCAGCUGCCAAGUUGAAUCCCUACACCAGAGCCCGCAUGUCGGAGCCCUGGCCUCAGCACGCCGUCGCGCCACCUCCUGUCGUCCACACCCUCCCUCCAGGAGCUGAGAGCGCGCUGGGCUGUGCUGUGUACGGUAUCGUACUGCAGCCGGAUGCUACAUCGCUGCAGCAGACCCAGCAUGGGCAGCACAGCCAGCAACAUAGUGGCAGUCAGCAUGGAGUCGGGCCGCACAGUCAGCCGCAGCACGCCGCCCAACAGACCCCCCUGCAAGUAGCCGCAGAGGGAGGACACAAGUGUGCGGCCUGCGGACAUGAUAUCUCCCACCUGGCGAACCCACAUGAGCACCAGUGCAUGGUGAGUCAGGACCGGUCGUUCCAGUGCACCCAGUGCAUGAAGAUCUUCCACCAGGCGACCGACUUGCUAGAGCAUCAGUGUGUUCAGGUGGAGCAGAAGCCGUUUGUGUGUGGGGUGUGCAAGAUGGGAUUCUCUCUACUCACGUCUCUCGCUCAGCACCACACGUCACACAACAGCACCAACCCAAUGAAGUGUUCAAUAUGUGAGAAAACCUACCGGCCCGGUUCUGGCAAUGCCACACCAACCUCCAACAACCCCCAGCAGCCCACUAGUGAUGGGGCAUCAGCCAGCAGCAGCUCGUCUAUUCUUCCCUUUCCCUCGGCCCGAGACCGACCGUACAAAUGCUCCGUUUGCCAGAAAGGCUUCAAACACAUGUCAGAACUCACGCGGCACGAGAGGGUGCACACGGGAGAGAAGCCCUUCAAAUGUGACACCUGUGACAAGGCCUUCAGCCAGUCGUCGCAUCUACAGCACCAUCAGCGAACACACAGCAACGAUCGCCCGUUCAAGUGUGCCGUCUGUGAAAAGAGUUUUAAACACCGGUCCCACCUCGUGCGCCACAUGUACGUGCACUCUGGCGAGCACUUGUUCAAAUGCAACUUGUGUGAGCUGCAUUUCAAAGAGUCGUCGGAGCUCCUCCACCACCCCUGCCACCCGCAGGGUUCCCGCCCGUUUCGCUGUGCCACAUGUGGCAAAGGUUUCAAGCGGCCAUCUGACCUUCGCCAACAUGAGCGCACCCACUCUGAGGAGCGUCCCUUCCACUGUGAUGAGUGUCAGAUGAGCUUCAAACAGCAGUAUGCACUUGUGCGCCACAGACGCACACAUAAGGACCCGACUGACCGGCCGUUCAAAUGCAACCUGUGCGACAAAGGUUUCCUGCAGCCCUCUCACCUCCUUUACCACCAGCACGUUCACGGCAUGGACAACCUUUUCAAGUGCGCCUCGUGCCAGAAGGAGUUCAGCCAGUCGGGAGAGCUGCUCAGACACAAAUGUGGCGAGUCGUCCAACAACUCACCCGACAAGCCGUAUAAGUGUGACGUCUGUGGCAAGGGCUACAAGAAGAGUUCCACGCUCCAGCGUCAUCAAAACUCUCACUGCCAAGAGAAGCCCCUCAAGUGCUCGCUGUGUGACCGCCGCUUCCUGUCCUCUUCCGAAUUUGUCCAGCACCGCUGCGACCCGUCACGGGAAAAGCCGCUCAAGUGCCCGGAAUGUGAGAAACGCUUCAAAUACUCAUCGGACCUGAACCGACACCGGCGAGUUCAUACGGGGGAGAAACCGUACAAAUGUGACCACUGCAAUAAGGGCUUCAAACAGCGCGAGCACCUGAUCAAACACCAGAGCACACACUCCAGAGAGGGGCAGUUCAAGUGUGUCUGGUGUGGAGAGCGUUACAGUGACUUGGGUUCUUUGCAGGAUCACACGGUGCAGCACACGGCUGAUGGAGGCGGUUAUCCUGUGCCCCAGUGCUUAUAAAUCCCUGGAGACCUUUUCCCUCUGAACAGCUUUCUCAACUCCCUCUUGUCUAAAACGUGUAGACUUUUUAUUCAGCCUAACAUUCAUGAAUCUUUCAGGACAGCCUAGGCUACUUCUAUUGCAUCCAUUCCCACCAGUUCCACAUCAGAUCUUUGUUGCUCUACUAACCUGCCCCGAGCCCGGCAGUACUCCAGCCCUGUCAUUCCAUAGAAACACGAGGAGCACUUCUUCUUCUUCUCCUUUUUGUUUCUAUCUCCUCCUUUUUUCAACCCCACACUCAGACAGUUGAUAGCAGCGAGAAAGCCACAACCACUGAACUCCUGUCCUUCCGUUGUGGACUGAAACAGGUGCCAAAAAAAUGCAACAAAUACUUAAAUCCUCCUUAAUUUCCCCCAAAAAGUAGUCUGUUAAAAAGCAUAUUAUUGAAUGAAUCAAUAGAGUUGCGUCUCCACUCUCCACAUAAACUGAUCAGGCCAGAAAUGAUGUUAACUGCUUGAAUACUCUUUCCCUCCUUUUCUCUUGCUUCCAGUCUGUCGCUGUUUAGUAUCAAAAUGACUUGACUGUUGUUCGCCAGGUGAAGAAUGACUGAGACUAGUUUUUGGUUUUCAUUUUCCCACAGUAAAACAACCACAGUAACUCUUUGGGUCCUGACGUAGCACCCUGCUUCAACAUAAUCACAGUUUAUUUUUCCCUUAUUAUUUAUCAAGAGUGGUGUCAUCAACAAAUGUGAAGGGAAACAGUUUGGACUUAGUUUGUGGAUUUAUUGUCCUGUAGUGAAGUAAUUCUAAUGGUUAAAUGUCAUGUGAGUGAAUGUGUUGGCCACGAUCUUCAUUUUGGUCAUUUGUGCUUCAACCAAAACACCAGCACCUGGUCCCAGUGCUGUUUGUAAACCAACCAACCUUCUGAAAUUAACUAAGAGUAGUUAAACCCCUAAUGGGUGAUACCAAGCUCACUCUCCACUAGAGACGUAUAUAUAGAAAUAUAUAUUUCAAACUAAUAUGCUCGUCAUAUUCCUGCAGAGGUCAGUGCUGUCAGACUAAUGUGAACUGAAAAUGUCCACACGUGAACAUUACGCUUCCUCUCUCAGCCUGUACAUACGUGGACGUGUGAGUGUAUGUAGCCAGACGAGUUGGAAAAGUCAAAACUUGUCUUUCUUAAAAAAAGUGUAUUGAACUGUUUUUGUAUUCUUGCUACUUUUUACCAUGUGAAAUGUUUUUGACAAAUGCUCUUUUGUUGUUUUUGUAGUCCAUGUAGUGAUUGUAUUGGUAUGUUGCUGCAGGGAAUCUCAAAGAGCCCCGCGUGAGUGUGUGUGAGUGAAUUUAAAUGGUAUUCCGUCAAACAGGGGAAUUCGGACUGAAGAGAACUGUUUUAGAAAUGUUUCAGCAGACCUUCGCCUUUUUCUUUGUUUAAAUUUAUUAACCUUACUGGUCUGUCAAAGAGACUUUUUUUGCAGGGUGAACCUUCACCUUGCGUUAAAUAUUUUCCAUCUUUUUGAAAAGGAAUAUUAACGAUGUAUUUCUUUCCUGUUACAUGUUGCGUUGAGCUCGACAUCGUGUCUUUAAAGGUUCAGUGUGUAGAGUUUAGUGACAUCUAGUGGUGAAGUGUCAUGUUGCAGCUGAAUACCCCUGUUUAUUUUGUCCAGUCUGGGCUACUUUAAAAAACAUGGCGGCCUCGGUAGAGAGGAUCUGCUCCUGAUGUGAAUAUAAAGUAUUUAAAUAUAAAAGACCCAUUCUAGGGUAAAGGAAACAACAAUUAGUACAAUUUAGAUGAAACACACUAGUGAAAACAUCACUAGGAUUAUUUUAUAUCUAAUUUCUGCCAAUGGAUCCCUUUCACCUAAAUCUUACACACUGAACCUCUGAGGGUGGAUUUGUACCAGAGUGAACGACGCCUUCCUCUUCUUUGAAUGCUACGAGAUUCUCGAGAAGCCUGGACAUCCAGUUUGUUUACAUGUUGGCAGCGUUCACCAUUGUUCCUUUUCUCUGGACGUCUGGUGUGCUGUGUCCCCCCUCCCCCUAGCCUUCCUUCUCGUUCACUGUCGAUUCUCGGUUUGAGUGCAGUAUUGAAAUGUAUUUGAUACAAACGGAGGAGGCCAAGGAGACUGAAUUGGCAUUUGUUUUUUAUUCUGGCUUUUAUUAUUUGUGUGUUUUAGCGUUAGCCUUAGAGAGGCACCUGUCUGCCUCCUCUCCUGCUUCCUGCCUCUGUCCUUCAUCACUCUCUUCAUACGAGGUCAAGUGGUUGGUCCUGUCAACCAUCGUGUUUUUAUUUUCUGGAUCUGGCAUUAUACGACUUUGAGGACAACUUUGACUUAAAGUUAAAAAAAAAAAAGUACUGUAUGUUUUUAAUGGUUUCACAUUUGUUUGUAUAUUUUUAUUUUUGUUAUUAAUAUUCUUUGAAUUGAUAUGAAUAUCUAUAUUCUUGGACAGAGAGACCAGGGCCUUGGGUGUAGCUUUGGGAUAAAGAUGGCUGUAUUUAUUCAGAACAGAGUCGUGUUCAAACUUGAACAACAUGUAGUUUUUAAUCUGAAGUCUGAUCGCUGAACAAAGUGCACACAAACAAGCAGUCUCUACACAAAGGUUUCUGUGGUGGCGUACAACACCACAACACACACUCUGCUCGGAUUUGUCAUGAAUACAAAGUGCUCAAGGACUUUGACUUGUUAAUUGGUGCUGACACAUCACCGGAUGUGUGAAAGAAGAAGUAGAUGCAGGACUAGGACCUGAAUCACUGUUUUCAUGCAUCAUGUUAAUAACACAGUUUUACGUCCAAAGCCAAAGAAUAAUUUCGGCCCUGAAUUGCUAGUAAAGUAGUUAAUAUUACUGAGGGUCACAAAUCGAUCAAUUCUUGGUUAUAAAAGAAAUCCAUCCCAUAUCCAUCAGGCGGUCGAGUAGAGGAACAUCUCUGCUAUAAGCACAAAUGAAAUGAAUGAACCUGUCUGCAUUUCAACAGCUGGUUUUAAAGGAAAAAGUCAGUUUGUGCACCAGCCAUCCUCCCUCCUCUUCAGUUAAUGAACCCAUCAGACCCUGGUCUCUCUCUCUCUCUCUCUCUUUCUCUGCAUGCUUGCUGUGUUAGUUCCUCUGUUCUGUCCCUGGGAACUGGUGCCGACCCCCCCCCACUGUUCCCUCCUAUAGCUUUUUCAAAUUGUUCUGUAGUUUUAUGUGAAUGAUGUUGGUAAAAAAAUUUUAAAAGAAAACUUUGUGGCGCCGUACAGUACGUGUACAUUCAUUCUAAGAAUAUUUGUAUGUAUGUAGCAUUCAAUUACACACAGCACUAACAAAUAAAACUUUUUCCAUUUAUAAA